GGAUAUGCCAACCUUCACCAUAAGCCUGGAUUUUUUUAGGCUCUGAUUGCCUCAGCUGACCUGAGCAGAAACCCAUCCCUGGGGGAGGCCCCGCACUUCUCAGGGAGUUGAUAUGCAAAAUAGUUACGUCAGGCGAUGGGGGCGGGGCGAUCCGGGCUUGAGUGGCAGCAGCUCUUGCUUAGGAGGAGGUGCGAGAAUCAGCCUGGUUCAGUGACUGAGACAAACUGGAGGUGAGAGGAGCUGGUGCUGUCCACUGAGCUCUUGGUGCUGAACCUGGGACGCGAGCGGACUGGUUGCUCCAGCACCUGGAGGCAACGCCCUCUCGCACCCUCUGUGCCCUGCGGGACCCAUUACACCAGCAGGACCAAAUCAACUUGACAAAGGAGUGUGGUAUAGGACAUGUGAAGAGUCCUCUUUUUACCACCUGGGCAACCAUUCAGGUGUGACUUUGGAGAUUUCUAUAGUUUUAGAUCAGACUAUUUUCAUCUUUUCCCAGCUAAGACAAUCUUUUUUAGCUUUUUUUUUUUAUUGUGAUUAUUGCAAUUUAUAUAUCCACAUCAUUUAAAGAUCUUUCUGGGAGGUUUUUGUGACUAUUAAAAUAAGGUAAAAAGCAUUAAAGAUGUUGAAGUGCUUGUCAGCUGUUUUGGUUCUUGGAUUCCUUUUCUUGGAGUCAGAAGGAAGGCCACCCAAAGAAGUAGGAUAUGGUCUUAAGUCCUAUCAGCCUCUCAUCAGAUUGCGACACAAGCAGGAAAAAAGUCAAGAAAGUGCAAGAAUUAAAGGAUUUCUGAUGCAAGACGGACCUUUGGGAUCUUGUGAAAAUAAAUACUGUGGUUUGGGAAGACACUGUGUUAUCAGCAGACAGACAGGACAAGCAGAAUGUGUUUGCAUGAAUAUUUGCAAACGGCACUACAAACCGGUGUGUGGAUCUGACGGAGAAUUCUACGAAAAUCACUGUGAAGUACACAGAGCUGCAUGCCUGAAAAAACAAAAGAUCACCAUCGUGCAUAACGAAGAUUGCUUCUUUAAAGGAGAUAACUGCAAAACCACUGACUACAGCAAGAUGAAGAGCAUGCUUUUAGAUUUACAAAAUCAAAAAUACAUCACACAAGAAAAUGAAAACCCCAGUGGUGAUGACAUAUCUCGGAAUAAGUUGUUGGUGGAUCAAAUGUUCAGAUAUUUUGAUGCUGACAGUAAUGGACUUGUAGAUAUAAAUGAACUAACUCAGGUGAUAAAACAAGAGGAACUUGGAAAAGAUCUCUCAGAUUGUACCUUGUAUGAUCUACUGAAAUAUGAUGAUUUUAAUUCUGACAAGCAUCUGGCUCUUGAAGAAUUUUAUAGAGCAUUCCGGGUUAUCCAGUUGAGUCUGCCUGAAGAUCAGAAACUCAGCAUCACAGCAGCAACUGUGGGGCAGAGUGCUGUUCUGAGCUGUGCUGUUCAGGGUGCCCUAAGACCCCCUAUCAUUUGGAAAAGGAAUAAUAUCAUUCUGAAUAAUUUAGACUUGGAAGACAUCAAUGAUUUUGGAGAUGAUGGGUCCUUGUAUAUUACCAAGGUUACCACAACCCACAUGGGCAAUUACACCUGCUAUGCAGAUGGCUAUGAACAAGUCUAUCAGACUCACAUCUUUCAAGUGAAUGUUCCUCCAGUAAUCCGAGUGUAUCCAGAAAGUCAAGCUAGAGAACCUGGGGUAACUGCCAGUCUUAGGUGCCAUGCAGAGGGCAUCCCAAAUCCUCAGCUCGGCUGGCUGAAGAAUGGAAUUGAUAUUACGCCAAAACUGUCUAAACAACUCACACUACAAGCAAAUGGCAGUGAGGUUCAUAUAAGCAAUGUGCGCUAUGAAGAUACGGGAGCAUACACUUGUAUCGCGAAGAACGAAGCAGGAGUGGAUGAAGACAUCUCUUCUCUUUUUGUGGAAGAUUCUGCCAGAAAGACCCUUGCUAACAUAUUAUGGAGAGAAGAAGGUCUGGGAAUCGGGAACAUGUUCUAUGUUUUUUAUGAAGACGGAAUCAAAGUGAUACAGCCCAUAGAAUGUGAAUUUCAGAGGCACAUUAAACCUAGUGAAAAACUCCUUGGAUUUCAGGAUGAAGUCUGUCCCAAAACUGAAGGAGAUGAAAUUCAAAGGUGUGUGUGGGCCUCAGCUGUGAAUGUGAAAGACAAGUUCAUUUAUGUUGCACAGCCAACACUGGACAGAGUCCUUCUUGUGGAUGUGCAAUCCCAAAAAGUUGUUCAGGCAGUAAGCACAGACCCUGUUCCAGUUAAAUUACACUACGACAAAUCACAUGAUCAAGUCUGGGUGCUAAGCUGGGGUACCAUGGAAAAGACUUCUCCAACACUACAAGUAAUAACCCAGGCCAGUGGGAAUGCACCUCAUCACACCAUCCACACCCAACCUGUGGGAAAGCAGUUCGACCACGUGGAUGACGUCUUCAUUCCCAGCACUACACUACUUAUAACCCAUAUGAGGUUUGGGUUUAUUCUCCACAAAGAUGAAGCAGCAUUACAAAAAAUUGACCUUGAAACCAUGUCAUAUAUCAAGACAAUUAACUUGAGGGACUACAAAUGCGUUCCUCAAUCUUUGGCAUAUACACACUUGGGAGGAUACUAUUUCGUUAGCUGCAAACCUGACAGCACUGGAGCUAUUCCACCACAGCUCAUAGUGGAUGGUGUAACCGACUCAGUCAUCGGAUUCAAUAGCGAUGUGACAGGCACUCCAUAUGUCUCUCCAGAUGGUCAUUUUCUUGUCAGCGUUAAUGAUGUGAAAGGUCUUGUAAGAGUCCAAUAUCUUACCAUCAGAGGAGAAAUACAGGAGGCUUUUGAUAUUCACACAAAUCUGCACAUAUCCGAUCUGGCAUUCCAGCCAUCAUUUACUGAAGCCCACCAAUACAACAUCUAUGGUAGUUCAAGCACACAGACUGAUGUGCUGUUUGUUGAACUCUCCUCUGGGAAGGUUAAGAUGAUAAAGAGCCUUAAGGAACCACUUAAAGCUGAAGAAUGGCCUUGGAACCUGAAGAACAGGCAAAUCCAGGACAGUGGAUUAUUUGGUCAAUACCUGAUGACACCUUCCAAGGACUCUCUCUUUAUACUAGAUGGGCGACUCAAUAAGUUAAACUGUGAGAUCACUGAGGUUGAGAAAGGAAAUACAGUCAUUUGGGUGGGAGAUGCCUAGGAGCCCCAUUAGAUAAAUGUUGAAUGAAGAGUUUUCCAGUACAUUGCACUUAAUCUUUUGUUUAAGAUGAAAGCUUGACUUUUCUAGUUUAUAUCUUAGUCAAAACUAAGUCACUCAGGUGGCCCAAAUAAAAAUAGUUAUUUUGACAAAAGCAUAUACAAUUAGUAAUACUGAUUAACUAGAAAUAUUUAAUGUAAUAUCUAACCAAAAAUAUAUCAAUCACAAGAACUAAACCUAUAAUUAUGUUUUAAGUCAAUAAAAUAGAAUUCUAUUGAAAAAUCAUUCAACUGCAGGGAAUUUCAGACGAUGUUAAGCACUGUUUCAUUUUGAGGUUAGUUGUCAGUUGUUUUUUUUCCCCUCUGUCCUUUUCGUAUGAUUCAAUAAGAAAAAAAGUUAUUGUGGACCCUUAAGAUUCUCAAGUCAAAAUAUCCUGUCCCAUCCACUGUUUAUAAUCUUUGUGCCUUGAAAGGAAUGUCACAAGAGGAAAAGGGAGGCUAAAAGUUGCUUACUGAACAGCCUCAUAACUGUAAGUCUCUUGUUAUUAAGAGAAAAAUUUGGCAACUCUUGCAACAAAUCCUGCCUUCAGUCAUUUGUUUAGCUCUCAACGAAAUAUCAUUUGAAGGCAUAAAUUGGCCUUAGGUUGUAUACAGGUGACAAACUCUAUUUGACACUUACUGUAUAAUCUAUAGCAUGUUAUGGAAAACAGGGAGGAAAGGAGGAAAUAAUUAUGGCAAAAAAAAGUUUGCAAUCAUUUCUAUACUUACUUUCUUUCAUUCACUAGAGUAUGUUAUAUUUUAAUGCCAAUUUGUCUAGGAUGUCAAGUGCUUUCAAAUGUUUGUUAGCAUAAUAGAUUUGUAUUCCUUUUCAUGCAGCCCGCUGUUACAUUAGCAGGAAAUUUUUUAUCAAAAAAUAUAUAUCAUUGUUAUCUGCUUGGAGUAAGUAACAUCUUAACAUCAGGAAACCAAGUCUGGCAAGAGAAUUAAGGACUAUUUGUGGUUUAGGAAAAUUGGGAAGGAGGUGAUAGGUUCACAGUAGUGAGUAAGAAUAGCCUUGUCGAUGGCUUUUGCUGUUUAACUAUAAACUAUGACAAAUUUAGACCUUAAUAACUUUCCUUAAUAGUUUCUGUUCGAGUCCAACAUAAUCCUUAAAUGACCCUCUCAUUAACUGUGCUUAGUUUAGUUCUGAAACUUAACUAAUCUUCUAUUUUGAGACACUGCAUAGGAAUAAAGGUUAUUCUCUCAUUUUUUAAGGAGAAAAAGGAAAAGAAAAGAAAGACAAGUCCAGUAGAAGUGAAUUAAAACUAGAUUGUUAGUUUAUUGAAAUAAGCAGAUAAUUAUCUAGGCUUAAAGUAAUAGCUUACAUGUCUUAAGAAUCUUUUUACCUAUUUUUGCUUUAUUGUUGCUAAAAAUGUGAAUGGGCUGUUAAAUGACCUCCGUUUACUGAAGGUAAUCCAAUAAGGUCUUUUUUAAAUACAAAUUUUACUCAAGUUUAAAUUGUGUAACAAUGCUUAGAAACCUGAAAUUUUAUAGUGCGUAAUAUGUUAACAUGUAUAUAGUGUCCUCAUCCGUGUGAUAACAGUAGUUCUAUUCUUAGCUUACACAUUAUGGAAGAUAGAUUUAAUAACCAACAAAAUUCAGCUUAUGUUUCUACUUAUCAAGUGAGAAUUCUUUUUGAGCAGUUUUCUUCCCUGUGAACAUGAAUCUUAUAAAGUGUCUGUAAUCUAAUGAUUUCAUGUAAGUUUGUCUCAUAACAUCCCUCUUUGGUGGUUAACACUGUGUGGAUGCUCUGUCUGUAGACAUUGCUUGAUAAAGGAGAAUAAACCUCUUACAUUUCAA